GGCGAUAGAUCCCAGCAGGCGCUACUGAGCAGGCUACGCAGACCCCAAUCACUCACAUCAUGACAGUUCUCCAAAAUUUUAAAUCAGCUAAAUUUCCAGUAUUGCAUUGCUUUCCGGUUCAAUAAAGCCAAUGUGACCGCCAAUGGGGAACACUCCGAGCUCCAGUCAAGUGGGUCGUGGGCCGUCGCAGGAUUGCGAGGAGAGGAUCUUCCAUGGGAGCCACAGGAAUCCGGAGCAGAGGCGCAGUCGCCACUGCUUCGUGAUUCGCUCGCAAAGGCCUCCGAAUAGAGCACUGGAUCCAGAAACCCGCUGCUGUUGUCCUCCUCCCAAGACGACGACAAGCUGCUGUUGCCCCUCUCUUCCUUCCCCUACUCCUACCUCUGUGCCGCCUCCGGCUGCUACUCCAGCCUGCAAGCCCCGUCAGAAGUGCUGCUGUGCCUCGGCACCGGAACCAGUGAGGCCAAGGGCUUGCUGCACCGCCGGAAACAAGCCCCAGAGAUGCUUCAACAACUGUCCCGGAAACGGAACUGCCGGACAGAGGGCACGGAGGGUAAAAGCAUGUCACCCGGAUGGCUACUCCGUGCCUGAGCUUCUGAGGACAAAGCCAAUGUGCCUUCAUCCCUUGGGCGCCAGAUGCAACUGCGAUGACCGCAAAGUGGAGAGUCGCAGGACGGCGACUGUUGCUGCUGAGGAUCCGGUACCUUGCGACCCAGAGCUGCAAGCUGAGAUCCCAUACAGCGACUCCGUGAGAUCCCUCCAGCCAGCUGUCCGAGCAAUUGAUGAAGUCUGCCAAGACCCCCAAGAUGCGUACUACCCGUAUCUCCCUAGGAAUGAAACGCGACUGCAGGACGUGGACGCUCUGGGCAACUUUGAUUUGAAUCGAUUUGAUAGGGACGCCACCCACCGAGGUCCUGGAAGAAGAAGGAAUGUUUCCAUUCGGACCUGUGUUGACUACGACUACGAACCGGAAUACUCACCUCGCGAAAGAUCCCAUCCGCCUUACACAGCUCAUCCCGGAUAUCCACCUCCCCGCGGUCCUCCCGGUUAUCAUCAUGCUCAGGGACCUUCCAGACCUCCACCUCCGCGAUCGCGUCCUCUCCCCGCAUAUGAACCUCCUCCAACAGAAUACGCAUCCCCUCCCUCAGCAUACGGACCCAGAACUCGGUCAGCACCCCCAUCUGGGCCACGACAAUAUCCGCCAAGAGCCCUUCCGGGAUCCUACGAAAAUUCGGGAAUCGAGUACGUCAAGUGUCCGUACAGAUGAGGGAUUGCGGCGGAAGUCAAAGUUCAACGUUUAAUAUAAGACAAAGCACGCAAUGGCUUUAAAAUUAUUUAUAAAAACAACCUGAUUUUACUUGAAAUGGUGGUUUCGAGGUUUACUUACAUAACCAAAGCAACGCUUUAAAAAACUGUUCAGUUAAGAAGCAAUAUAAGUGUGUUACAAUCUUAUAUUCCAAGAACCGUAGUUUCCUCAAUCGCUUUAUAUAAUGGAAAUAAAACCCUUUCCCCACGAAUCCUGCAACGUCAA